AUGUCUUCAACUCAAGUACCGAUCAAAUUAAACGUAUUCGACUUUGAUGGUGCUCUUUUUAAGUCACCUCGACCGAAUCCACAAUUAUGGUGCGCUGAUUUCAUAAAUUUACUUACACAAGAACAUUUUUUAUACAAAAAUUGGUAUCAAGAUAAAAGAUCACUAGAUAUUGGCGAGGAUGCUAUACUUCCAGAUUGGUGGAACUCUGAAGGUCUUAGUGAUGUGCGUCAAUCGAUGAUAGAACCUGACUCUUUAACCAUAUUAUUAAGUGGACGUAAAUAUUCGGAAUUUCAUCAAGUAAUCACUCGUAUGGUAGGGAAAAAAGGUUUAAUUUUUGACAUAAUGGGUUUUGUACCAGAGAAGGACGUACUUGAUUGGCAAUUGUAUUAUAACCCGGAGAUUGUCAAUAAGAUAGGGCUGGAUAGGUAUAAUAUGCUAAAAGAGUAUAAAACAAAGAUCUACGUCUUUACAAAUAUUAAUCAAUUCAAGGAGCAAUUCAUCGGAACUAUCUUAUUACAUCACCCUACCAUUGAGUCUGUAAAUGUAUGGAAAGAUUCUUUAAGCUCUUCUUCAAUGUUCAAAAUAUUCCUGGAUAAUAAAUUAAUAGAUACAGGACGAGCGAAACGAACUCGUUUUAUAGAAUUGCCUUUGGAAAAAUGUUUCCUCGAACCUUUUAAAGAAUGGGAAUUUGUUUUAUCUUUGUUGAGGGAUCACAACGGUUAUGUCAACAGUUUGCCUGAACCUGCUUCACCAUCACCUUUUCGAAUAUCAUAUGUGGCACCUACUCGAAAAAUUCAAUAUGUUGGAAUUUUCUUUGCUGAGGACGCUAUUAAUACAUUACGCCUUAAAUAUCCACCACCUAAAUAUAAAAGCGCAAUAGAACGUGAAUGGAGUUUUGAAGGAUCUUACAUUUUUCUUUCAAUAAUACCAACAGCAAGACUACUUCAUGAACGAGGAACUAUUGUUACUUUGAAAGUAAUCGCACAGUGUGUUUACGAAAAUCGAUAUUACUUUUUAAAAGUUGAAAAACUUACUGUUGCAGGACUACGUCAGGAUGAUCUAUUUAUUAUGCUUGCGUCUGAUAAAAAAUACGGUGGUGGGUUUCCGGAUCCACGAGAGGUGAAUCCCGUUUGGGAGCGAAUUCCGAAUGAAAGACAGGUUUUAGUCAAAGGAAUUGUUGCAACAAAGUGUAUCAUGGGUCAUUUAUUGGUAAAAAACAUUAACAUCAAUCUUCAUAAUACUACAAUCUAG